GAGAAAUGGAUCCAACAUCCUACAAAAGUUUCCUCCAACUUGUGCAGUACUUUCCCUAUGGAAACAACAUUGACGUCAAUAAUCCCACCUCUUCUUCAGUACUCAUCUCCCUCCUCUUCCUCUUCCUCUUCCUCUUCUUUCUACUUUCACUCAAAUUCUUUUCCACCAAAAACCCCAAAACCAACAACUUACCACCAUCACCACCACGACUCCCAAUAAUUGGCAACCUUCACCAACUAGGCAGCCUCCCACACCGCUCAGUGGCAUCUCUUGCAGAGAAAUAUGGGCCUCUCAUGCUCCUCAAACUAGGUCAAACCCCAACUCUUGUUGUCUCAUCAACAAAACUAGCUAAAGAAGUAAUUAAGUCCCAUGAUACCAUCUGCUCAAACAGAGUCCAAAACACAGCUGCAAAAUCCAUAUUCUAUGGAUGUCAUGAUGUGGCCUUUGCUUCCUAUGGAGAACAUUGGAGACAGGCAAGAAAAUUAUGUGUUUUGGAGCUCUUGAGUUCCAAAAGAGUUCAGUCUUUCCAACAUGUUAGAGAUGAAGAAGUUGCAAGGCUAGUGAAAAAGAUUGAAAAAUGUAAUAAGGAUAACCCAUUAUUGUGUGUGAUCAAUCUCAAGGAGCUCUUGUUGUCAACUUCAAACAAUAUUGUGGGGAGAUGUGUUUUGGGAGAGAAGUUUGUGGAAGAACAUGAUGGAUACUUCGGAGAAGUUACAAGAAAGGCUAUGGUGCUUUUGGCUGAGUUUUGUGUUGGGGAUGUUUUUCCUUGGCUUGGAUGGAUUGAUGUUUUGAAAGGAUUUCAUGGUCAACUCAAAGCUUGUGCUGAAACAUUGGAUAAGCUUGUUGAGAAAGUGAUUGAAGAACGUAGGGAAAAAUUGAAGAGUGGAGAUGAUCUACCUUCUGAGAAGGAUUUUGUGGGGGUUAUGCUCAAAUUGCAACAACAAGACGCACUUGAUUAUCAUUUCACGAUGGAAAAUUUCAAAGCAAUUCUAAUGGUUUUGUUUCUUCUCUCUCUCUCACGCGCACACCUAUUGCUACAUGCAUUAUCUCGACUUAGAGAAUUAUGGCCGGGUGUCCAAAUGCAGGAUAUGUUUGUAGCUGGAACAGACACAACAGCAGUAAGUUUGGAAUGGUCAAUGGCUGAACUGAUGAGAAACCCAACAGCCAUGAAAAAAGUUCAAGAAGAGGUCAGAACAAUAGUUGGUAAAAAGACAAAGAUUGAAACAAAAGACAUUCAAAAAAUGGAGUACAUGAAAUGUGUUAUAAAAGAAACUUUAAGACUUCACCCACCAGGUCCUCUUUUGUUGCCAAGAGAAACAACGGGAAGUUUUAACCUUGAAGGCUACCAAAUUCCACCAAAAACAAGGGUGUGGAUCAAUGUUUGGACAAUGCAAAGAGACCCCGAAAUCUGGGAAAGCCCAAACCAGUUCGUUCCAGAGAGAUUCAUGGAGGAAAAGAAAGCAGUUGAUUUCAAAGGUCAUGACUUUGAGUUCAUUCCAUUUGGGAGUGGAAGAAGGAUGUGCGUUGGAAUGUCAUUCGGAAUUGCUUCUUUUGAAUAUGUAUUGGCCAAUCUUCUUCAUUGGUUUGAUUGGAAGCUUCCAGAUGGGAAGUUGUUGGAUAUGACUGAACAACAUGGCCUUGCCAUUUCCAAGAAACUUUCACUCCAUCUUAUUCCAAUUCCAUAUGGUGUGUAACUUUUGUAAUACUUGUAUGGUAUUUGCAAAUCUAGUAGAAACAUUAUUUUGAAAAAAUUGAAAACAUACCCAAAUUUAUUAUAGAAGCUAUCCUUUCUAAUUAUAAUCGGUUUAAGUUGAGUCUCUUGUGUAAAAACCCAUUAGGCCUAGGGUUAGAAUCUAAGAUUUCUAUCGAUGGGUUUAGGUGUGGUUGGAAUAAUCAUAAUGAACAUCAUCCACCAUUGUUAUCUCUAUGCAA